AUGAGCACCGACGACUCUAAACCCACCGCCGAGGCUCUCAUCUCGAAAUUUGAGGCAAGCAGCCUGACCCCUCCCACUGAAUCCUCCCAACCCCUCAACCCCUCUUUCCACCAUCAUCCCUCACAACACAAUAUCACUAACCCAACCAACCCACCUACAGACCAAGGCGGGCGUCGAAUCACCAUUCUCGGUACAAUCAACAACCAACAAGGCAUCCUGACUGCCGAACGAGCAGCCUUCGCCACCGAAACCCCCGAAGCCCUCCAAGCCUUCCACGCAGCCAUCACCCAAGUGCAAAACCUCGGCGACAAUGACAUCUACCGCUGGUACCUCGCCUCUUCACACUCUACCCCCGGAAGCCAGCAGCCCCCAGACCUAAAACUCAACCUCAUCUGGCCUUGCACGGACCAACAUAUCAAGAAAUACUCCGAGCAGGUGGUGCGUAUGGUCACCGAAACGCCGGAGAUCUAUCGCGACCAUGUCCGUCCGUAUAUGAGCGCGAAGCGUGAGGAGGGGAGAUUGAACUGGGUGUUUAAUAUUCUCGAGGGAAGGACGGAGCAGGAGGACGUGAUUCUGAGGGAUAAGGGGAGUGGGGAGGGGAAAGAGGAGGAGGAGGGGUUUCUAGUGUUGCCGGAUCUGAAUUGGGAUCGGAAGACGAUGGGGUCGUUGCAUUUGUUGGCGCUGGUCUUGAGACGGGAUAUUUGGUCCUUGAGGGAUCUGAAGAAGAAACACGUCCCUUGGUUGAAGUAUCUCAGGGAGAGGUUGUUGGAGGAUACGGUGAGGGAGUUUCCCCAGCUCGAGAAGGAUCAGUUGAAGCUUUAUGUGCAUUACCAGCCGACGUAUUAUCAUUUCCAUAUCCAUGUGGUGAAUGUUAUGUUGGAGGCGGGCGCGACUCAGGCUACUGGGAAGGCGUUUGGGCUGGAGAAUAUCAUCUCGCAGUUGGAGACGCUGGAGGGGGAUGAAGAGGCUGGGAUGGCGGAUGUCAGUUUGACUUAUUACUUGGGUGAGGCCAGUGAGCUGUGGUCGAAUGUGUUCGGGCCGCUGAAGAAGGGGGAGAAACCGUUGUAG